GAGGGGAAGUGGCCAUGCAGUGCCUGCCUGUCACUGGUUUUUGCUGUUCAGCCCGCCCCCCGCCCCCCCGCGCUUUCCCUGCCCAGCUAGCCCCGCCUACUCCUAGACCAGUCCAAACUCCAGACCUGGUUGAGACACUCUCUGAACCGCCGCUGGAUGGGCACCAGGGCAGUCUUUGGGUGAAAACAGCAGUGUGCUGCGAAUAGACCAUGCUGCUGGACCGACUUCGCGUGCGGCUGAACGCCGUGGUCUGUGGGCUCCUGCUUUUCCUCGUCCUGGGCCAGGGCCAGGACUCUGCCAGCCCCAUCCGGACCACACACACCGGGCAGGUGCGGGGGAGCCUCGUCCAUGUGAAAGAUACUGAUGUGGGAGUCCACACCUUCCUGGGAAUUCCCUUUGCCAAGCCGCCUCUAGGGCCCCUGCGAUUUGCACCCCCCGAGCCUCCUGAACCUUGGAGUGGAGUAAAGGAUGGGACCUCCCACCCAGCCAUGUGUCUGCAGAACAUCACUAUCAUGAAUGCACUGGCUUUGAAACUGCUGAGUAUGACCCUGCCUGUCACCUCCAUGUCCGAGGACUGCCUGUACCUCAGCGUCUACACGCCUGCCCACGCCCGGGAAGGUUCCAGUCUGCCGGUGUUGGUGUGGAUCCACGGUGGUGGGCUUGUGAUGGGCAUGGCUUCCAUGUAUGAUGGCUCUGUGCUGGCAGCCUUUGAGGAUGUGGUGGUAGUCACUAUCCAGUACCGCCUGGGUAUGCUGGGCUUCUUCAGCACUGGAGACAAGCAUGCACCUGGAAAUUGGGGCUACCUGGAUCAAGUGGCCGCGCUACGCUGGGUCCAGCAAAAUAUUGCCUAUUUUGGAGGAGACCCUGGCCUUGUCACCAUUUUUGGCCAGUCCGCGGGUGGCACAAGUGUGUCCUCCCAUGUCGUGUCCCCCAUGUCCCAAGGACUCUUCCAUCGUGCCAUCAUGGAGAGCGGUGUGGCCCUGUUGCCUGGCCUCAUUGUCAGCUCAUCCAAUGCGGCCUCCAUGAUGGUGGCCAACCUGUCUGCCUGUGGCCAGGUUGACUCAGAGGCCCUUGUGGGCUGCCUGCGGGGUAAAACUGAAGAGGAGAUUCUGGCCAUCAGCCAGCCCUUCAUGAUCACCCCUGGCGUAGUGGAUGGGACCUUCCUGCCCAGGCACCCCCAGGAGCUUCUGGCCUCCGCUGACUUUCAACCUGUCCCCAGCAUCAUUGGUGUCAACAACGAUGAGUACAGCUGGCUCAUCCCCUCGACCAUGAAAAUCUCUGACACCCAGAAGGAGAUGGACAGAGAGACGGUGAAGGCUAUCCUGCAGCAAGUGUCGACAACAUUGAUGUUGCCUCCUGAGUCUGUUGACCUGUGGAUGGAGGAGUACAUGGGGGACAGUGGGGACCCACAGACCCUCCGAGCCCAGUUCUCUGAGAUGAUGGGGGACUGCAUCUUCGUGAUUCCUACACUCCAAGUAGCCAAUUUUCAGCGCUUACACGCCCCGGUCUACUUCUACGAGUUCCAGCAUCGGCCCAGCUUCCUCAAGGACAUGAGGCCGCCCCAUGUGAGGGCAGACCAUGGUGAUGAGAUACUCUUUGUCUUCGGAACCCUCUCUUGGAGAGGCUACGUUGAAGUCACGGAGGAAGAAAAGCUGUUGAGCAGGAAGAUGAUGAAAUACUGGGCUAACUUUGCUCGAAAUGGGGACCCCAACGGCGAGGGUCUGCCCCACUGGCCCGUGUUCGACCAGGAAGAGCAGUACCUGCAGCUGAACACGCAGCCUGCAGUGGGCCGGGCCCUGAAGGCCCAGAGGCUUCAGUUCUGGACGAAGACCCUACCCCAGAAGACACGGGAGCUAAUGGAGGCGGAGGGGAAGCACACAGAGCUGUAGCUUCCCGUGUCUGGGGCUGAAGGGCCGGGGAGGGGGGGCUCGAGUACAGGUGGGGGUCUGCCGGAUAUACCCACACACAUGCACUGAGGAGCCAGGAGCUUUUCCUUCCUUCCCUUAGCCAUUCAUUCGUUCUGCCAGCCAGCCAGCCAGCAUUUACUAAGAACCUACCGCAUCUUGUUAGUUGCCAAGCCCCCAUAGGUCCUCUCAUGUUAGACGCACUCAGUGAAUCCCCCCAUUGGCAAACCCCAAUGGAAAUUCACACCGCACUGAGCCUCAGGCCCCGUCCCCUCUUCCUCCCCUCUCCCCCACCCCCACCCUCCCUCUCCUCUCCCUUUGAAGGAGGGUGCUUUGGGAAGUGUUACCCACACCUGGCUCUCAGCAAGCCCCACGUGCUCCCAUAUUUGUACAGAGCCAGUAGAAAAUCUGGAUGCCAGGAACCCAGGAGCUCCGAGAUCUUGGCCACCGAGGCCACCAACUACUGAGGAUGUAGAAGUCCCCGUCCCCACCCCUUGUCCCCUAGACGAAAUGUCAUCUACCACUGACAUUUAAACACCCACCCAGUCACUUACCUGUGUCACACAAGGUGACCGACUCCAUUUUUUGUAAGAAGACUGAGCUUGUCCAUGGGCCCCUGGAGCCUGGGCGAGCUGUUCAGUGGCCAGGAGAGCCAGAUGGGUCCCUCAGCCACCCACCUCCUGAAGUCUGCCUUUAUUUUCAGUGAUUCUGUGACACGGCUGGGGGUGGGGGAGG